ACACCCUCGCCUUCCGCCCCAUCCGCGCCCCCCAUUUUGUUUCCAUGCGUUCUGGUCCGGUCUUGUUGGUUUGCCCUUUGAGUUCUUGCGAAAUCACGAGCUUAAGUGGUCGUUCUUGACGUGGGUUUCUUGGUCCCGGUGUGGGUAUUGUUGUCUUUUUGCUUGGACUUGGAGCGGGUUCUACCUUGUCUCCUCGGCUGGCUAAUAGAGGAAUAUUCAGAGACGACGGGAAGCGACUCUUUGGAUGACCAAACUAAAUAAUUUUCGUUGGCAAUGCAUCUUUCACCAUCCCUCGAGAUAUGUUGGCAUGAAGCAACUAAACAAGAGAAAAAGAAACGUAUAGAUUCGGCUGUUAGAUAGUUCGGGAACUGCUAUGUCAAAUUCUAUAAAAUAUUGUGAUGUUCUUGAACGCGAAUCAAGAAUAUACUUGAGAGCCUUCUUCCAUCUGUUGCCAAAUCCUAUCAUUCAGGGCUCAUGUUUUCAUCGUGUUAUAAAAGGUUUCAUGAUACAAGGGGGAGAUAUAUCUGCAGGUAAUGGGACAGGAGGAGAAUCCAUUUAUGGAUUAAAAUUCGAGGAUGAGAACUUUGUACUGAAACAUGAAAGAAAAGGAAUGCUGUCAAUGGCAAAUUCUGGCCCGAACACUAAUGGCUCUCAGUUUUUUAUCACCACUACUCGAACAUCUCAUCUAGAUGGAAAACAUGUUGUGUUUGGGAAGGUGCUUAAGGGCAUGGGAGUAGUUCGUUCGAUUGAGCACACUCCUGUUGGUGAUGCUGAUUGUCCUACUGUUGAUGUUGUAAUUUCGGACUGUGGAGAACUUCCUGAGGGGGCUGAUGAUGGUGUAUCAAACUUCUUCAAAGAUGGUGACUUGUAUCCUGAUUGGCCAAAUGAUCUUGAUGACAAACCAACUGAGGUUUCUUGGUGGAUGAAUGCUGUGGACUCUGCCAAGAUAUUUGGGAAUGAUUUCUUCAAGAAACAAGAUUAUAAGAUGGCUCUAAGAAAAUACAGGAAGGCUUUGCGCUACUUGGACAUAUGCUGGGAAAAAGAAGAGAUUGAUGAAGAGAAGAGUUCGUUGUUGCGGAAGACCAAGUCAAUUAUUUUGACAAACAGUUCUGCUUGCAAGUUGAAGUUAGGAGAUUUGAAAGGUGCUCUAUUAGAUGCUGACUUUGCAUUGCGUGAAAGAGAGGGAAAUGCAAAGGCGUAUUUUCGACAAGGUCAGGCACACAUGGCACUCAAUGAUGUGGAUGCUGCAGUUGAAAGCUUCAAGAAAGCAUUAGAGUUAGAGCCGAAUGAUGGAGGCAUAAAGAAAGAACUUGCAGCUGCAAAGAAGAAGAUAGCUGAUAGACGAGACCAGGAGCGCAAGGCUUAUUCCAGAAUGUUCCAGACCUCUGUCAAAUCAGUUGCGACAAAUGAGGAUAAAAAUUGCUGAAGAGACUUCAGCUCCGAAUUUUUGUGCAUGAAUUUUCUGGGUACAAGGGUCAUGUACAUAGAGAUUUGAUUAGCAUAAAAAAUCAUCAGCCUGUAGGUAUGCACAGUCGGGGCUGAGAAGACAAAAGUUUCCGGAUCCCGUGAGAAAUCAUUUUCCUUUUCUUUGAGGUUAGAAUUUCAAGUGGACAUUUUCAUGAUGGAUAACGAGGGAUUUCUCCCUAAACAUUUCAAAAUAAAUUUAGGUUCUGCCGAUCAAACAUCAUUGUCUCUUUUUUAAAAUCUCCAGACAUUUGAACACGUCUUCAACUUUGCUGCCUUGCUUUUUUC